CGGAGCUGAGACCGCAGUCGCGUGCCAUAUUAUAUCCAUCGUGUACGCCCGACAGACGCGUGUCUUAUCAUAUCAUAUGAUAGCGAUCGAUAUUGCAUUUUGUAUUAUAUUCUAACAGGUAGUACAUAAUCGUAUCAUAACAUAACAGUGCGAUUGUCCGACCGUCGCCUGGCCAACACACACUCUGCCAACUUGGCCAGCCCUAUGCGCGCCGAAGAAACAUCCGCACACACAAACCACAAUAAUAUUUGAAAUUAUAUAUUAUAUUCGCACUCUGGAGUCUGGACUGCGCUGCAAGUACGACCCAGGGAAAGCGAUCCCUGUCAGUGAUUGUCGUUUACCUGUAAUUAGUAUCGAUCGUCCGGUUAGUACUUAUAGUGUAUUAAUAAUAUAUAUUACAGAGGGAGGAACCUAUAUAUAUAUAUAAUAUACUGUAAUAUAUCCACCUGCAACUGCAGAGUUCUACGCAGCGUUGUGAUGAAAUGAGUUUGGUGGUAAAUUCAAGGUCAGAACAUGUCCAUUUGCGAUUGCUGGGCCAGUUUCAAGUUUUCUCAAAUUAUUUUGUGUUUGAGCUGUCUACUCUAUAAGAGAUGGUCGGACGCAGAAGCCACUAGGCUGUUUUAUUUCUUCGAGAAGUCGUCCAGGGAGUGGCCGUUGCUGAACAACAUCACCAGGAACGGGGCCGGAUCUCUGUUCGCGGACGUGACUUUCGGCGGUUACAUAAUAAUAUGCGUGGCGCUGUACAUAGCGUACUUGAUGGGAGAGCUCAAGAACAGCAAGAAAACUGUGAGUCCACCACCUGACCGUUUUUAUACACGUAUAAUAAGUGGUGAAUUUAAUCCAGUAAAAACUUUAAAAAUGCAUUUAAAAUCUCGAAAACUGCAGUACAUAGAAUGCACCAUAAAACCCCGUAAAAUGCAAUAAAAAAUCAAAAUUAAA